GGUACUUUGAACUUAACGAAAAUUAAACAAGAUGGGUCGUAUGCACAGCAAAGGCAAGGGUAUCGCUUCCUCCGCUCUCCCUUAUGUUCGUCAGCCCCCUUCCUGGUGCAAGGCUGAUGCCGAGGCUGUUGUUGAGCAAAUCAUCAAGUUCUCGAAGAAGGGCAUGUCCCCUUCCCAGAUUGGUGUCACCCUCCGUGAUUCUCACGGUGUUCCCCAAGUCCGUUUCAUUACUGGUCAGAAGAUCAUGCGUAUCCUCAAGGCCAACGGUCUCGCCCCCGAAAUUCCCGAGGACCUUUACAACCUUAUUAAGAAGGCUGUUUCGGUCCGCAAGCACUUGGAGCGCAAUCGUAAGGACAAGGACUCCAAGUUCCGCUUGAUUCUCAUUGAGUCUCGUAUUCAUCGUCUUGCUCGUUACUACAAGAAGGCUGGAGCUCUUCCUCCCACCUGGAAGUACGAGUCUGCCACUGCUUCUGCUUUGGUUGCUUAAGCGGCGUGUUAGAUAGUGAGAGUACUCGUUGUAUAUCGUACAGCGUAGGGCUGUACGAAAGUGGAAAUUCGGGUUUCCACUGUAGUACAACAAACAAAAUUUACCAAAACAUGAUAAUGACCCAGUAGCCACCUGUGAGUGUCCUGACGACUUGGUUUGUUUUUAUGGGCUUGUGUGCGCCGUUUAUUCAGUUGUCUUUUACUGUUCGCGUAU